AUGGACCUCCUUCUAGAGAUGAGAUUAGUUAAUAGUUAUGCUGUAAAGAAACUGAAGAACUGCAAAAGUGCAGGGGUUGAUGAGAUAACUAAUGAACAACUUAAGUAUGGUGGAAGUGCUCUUGUUGGCCAACUAGAGCUACUGUUUAAAAAGGUAUGGGAGGAAGAGGUGAUCCCUGAGGAUUGGCUUAAAGGUGUUAUAGUGGUUAUCGGAAAGAAGGGAGACACCUCAUACUGCUGCAAUAAUAGGGGUAUAACUCUUAGGGCAACGUCUUCUAAGGUUCUUCAAAUGGUUCUUCUUAAGAGGCUGGAUGUUGGAAUGGAGUGUCUUCUUAGGGAAAAUCAGUGUGGGUUCAGACGGAACCGCUCAUGGAUUGAUCAGAUUUAUUCCAUCCGCACCAUUAUUCACAACUGCAUUGAGUUUAACAUUCCACUUUAUGUUAAUUUCAUUGAUUUUAAGGCAGCGUUUGAUUCCAUCAGAAGAGAGUUUAUUUGGUCAAGCAUAAGACACUAUGGACUUCCUGAGAAAUAUGUUAGAAUCUUUCAGGCAUUCUUCAACGGAACCAUGAGUGCUGUCAGGGUUAAUGGUGAAAUUGAUUGGUUCUCUGUUAACUCGGGCAGUGGACAGGGUGAUCCAGGGCCCUCCUGUAUUUAA